AUGCAAAUGAGUAGGCAGGUUGAGGUCUUCAAUUGGGAGAUCAAGUCCAUAUUGGAAAAAACUAUGAAAGAUAACAAGAUUGAUUGGUCAAGAAAGUUAAAUAAUGCUUUGUGGGCCAACUGGAUAGCUUUUAAGACCCACAUAGGUGUCGCUUCAUAUCAUCCUGUGUACGAUAAGGCUUGCCACAUGCCGAUCAAAUUGGAGAACAAAGCACUAUGGGUGUUGAAAAAGCUUAAUUUUGAGUGGCAUGAUGCAGCUAACUUACGGAUAAGCAAAGUGAAUAAGUUGGAUAAAUAUCAAUGCCGAGCUUAUGAGAGUUCCACUCUGUACAAAGAAAAGAUGAAGUUGUAUCAUGACAAGAAGAUCGAGAAAAGGGGUGUUCCUGAUGGUGCUAUUGAGAUGAAACAAGAUAGUGAAGAUCUGUUCAAGGAGAACAGGCAGUGUGUCAUGCAUUAUAUAGGGAAUACUGUUGAAGUAAAAGUUUUUGUUGAUGUAAGCCUUGUUGAAGUCUAA